GUAGUGUUUUGGAGUUUGCCGUGUCGAGGUCCGACCGUGCAUCGCUGCUGCUGGUAACGUUGAUUGCAGCGGCGCUCCUCCUCCACUAUACGUGUGUCAGUCUAUACGCAUUAAUGUGUAAUCGGCGAGCCUGCGUGUGUAUAAAUAGAUGACGAUCAACUCGGCUGUGCUCGAGCAGGCUGAAUCGCAUGAGCAUGCGAUGCGAUGCAAUGUGAUGUGAUGUGAUGCGAUGCAAGGCGGGCCCUUGAUCGCAUAAUUCGCUUGCACGUGUACCACGAAGCUUCUAUACUCGUGUCAUUGCUCUGCUAAUAGAUUGGCAAGUAUCUGCGCCCGGCAUCACAUCAUCUUCGGAUGCGGACAUUCUGGCUUCAUCUCGCUUCUCAUCGAGGCACUCGAGCUCGUCUAGACAGUCGGGAGUUAGUUUUCCCCGCUAACUCGCUGAGCGGCCACGGAGCUAUUCGUAUUUCGUGUCGAUUCCUCCUCGCCUGACCGGUAGCCAUCGGCUAAACAUGCCGGUGCCGAGGGCGAUGCUACUGGUGGUGAGUGCUGCCGUGGUGGUGUCGUGGCUGACGGUAACGGAGGGGGCACGAAGGGGUUGUCUCACAGUGGAAUCGUCCCCGGUCUCCGUCAUCUGCCUCGGGUACACCAACGUGCCCGCGACCUUUCCGAAUGACACUGAAAACCUAAAGUUUCAAGAGAGCGCCAUCGGAGAGAUAGGUUCUGGCGAUUUUAACGUGUCCGGACUGACCCAUCUCAAGACUCUAGACAUCAGUUCCAGCAGCGUGUGGAGGCUCGGCUACGAAGCAUUCAGCGCAGUGCUACAUCUGCAGCAGUUAUUCCUGGACAACAACCAGAUAUCUAUCAUUGAGGAGGAUGCGUUUGCCGGACUCACCGAGCUCUGGUACCUGAAUCUACAAAGCAACAAUAUCAGCUACAUUCCUGCGGGGCUAUUCAACGAUCUCCAUUCUCUGCAGCAUCUAAGUUUGCUGGACAACAGGUUGACCAGUAUCGAUGCUUCUGUUCUCACUGGAUUGCCCCUUCAAUCCCUGACAGUGUUGUUACUAGAUCGUAACCCGUGGACGUGCAACUGCAGCAUCGCUGCACUCGGCUACUGGCUGGUGCUGCCCUCUACCGGCCUAAUUCUAGACUAUAGCACGCUGCGAUGUCAGGAUGGGGAGCAGGCGCUUGCCUUACUGCUGGCCUCCUCCCAGGCAGACUAUCAGAUGUGCCCCCCCUACUGGCCACCUGAGGACAUCCGAGCAAUCGCACAUCCACAAUGCCUCGCCGUGCGCCUCUACUGGCGCCACCUAUCGGAAGAAACUGGCGAAGCCGAGUUAUACACGUUCUCUUCCGUGGAUGCGUUGGGAAACGCAAGCGAGACGGAAGACUUCUUCUCCGCCUAUUUCAUCGACAACUCGGCCGUCACCGACGAUCCAUUCGAGAACGCUACGGAGUCCGUUGCCACGGCAACGACUCCUCUCGUCACGGGGGACGCUGCGGUGACGGUUGAUAUGGGCAACGUGACGCGUGGCCGCGCGACGACGUCGUUUCACGUGACGUACUGGCCUGACGCACAUCCUGAUGACGUCACCGUCGUCGAGACGGCGCGGUUGUACGUUGACCUUAAAGACCUGAAAGAAGGUGAAACGUACUGGGUGAAGAUCGCCGUGGAAAAUGAGUAUGGCCUGGGCCCAACGAGUGAACCAAGUUCAUUCACCACUCACGAUGGCAUGUGGAACUGCAGUGAGGCGAUCGUAGAGGUUGACCUUGCGGGCCGGACAGAGGACGAAGGUCACGGUCACAUCGGCAUCAUGGUGGCGGUGAUCCUGACGUGCAUCGUUCUCAUCAUAGCUGUUGUUCUCAUAACCCGCUGUACGGUGAGACGACGACGCGCCAGCUCCGUACAGCUGACAACCUCCAGAUCCCCGCUGAAUCUGAACAGAUCGAAGCGUCUCGCACACGUGCCGACUGAGGACAGUAUCUCGCUGACCAGUGCUCACUCUCUUCACUCCAUCAGCUCUGCCGACAGCGAGAUGGUCAAGAGAAAGCCGCGUCCGCUCAACGUCGUCAACAGAGACCGCAUUAAAUUCAUCCGUAAUCUGUACACAGAGCGGCUUUACGCGGCUGAAGGGCGGCACUACGAGAUAAAAAGAAGUUACGAGCGGACCGAAAGGGCGAGCGGCGAAUCUGCCAGGGAGACCAUUCCCAACGUCGACGUUGCCUUGGCGCGCCUCGGAAGGAGGGCUGCGCGUGGAAGCGGCUCGCAGCAUAUCCCCUCUGCGGGGCUGCGCGACGAACGUCCGCUCUGCGCCGAACAGCUGCCGCGCGACACAGGUCUGAACGUCAAUCUUGCACGACGUGCCACGACGUGCAGACUUUUGUUCUCUGCACGCGCGCUAGGGGAUCUGUCGGCGAGCCGACAUGGGACGAGCUACGACGGCAUGCGCGCCUGGCGACGCGCGCCUGCUGGCAGGAUACGGCGCGGCGCUGCUAGCGCGGAUUCGAACGCGCGCUCGACGCCAUUACCGCACAAGUGCGUCUCGUUGACGGACUCGGUGACGCGCGAGGCCGUGCUGAUUCAUUCCGUGAGUCCGCGGCCGCAGCUGACGGCGUACGAUGGCUGCCUCGUGCAGCCCCGCUUACACGUGCGCGCGCGAACAAGCAUACUGAGUGGUGGACCGACAGAUCGGGAUUCAUUGCUGGAGGAUCCUAAGAGCACCUUCAGCUGA